UCUUUCCACACCGUCGCAUACCUACAUAAGAAAACAUUUUUGGUUUCUGUAUCCAAAAAUUUAUAAAUACCCAAAGUGUGUUUCGAAGUCCAUAGGUUUAAAUGCUGUAAAGUCUCUAAACGAAAUUAGAAGUCUCUUUAUAACUAACACAGAAGAAUCUCCGGCGGGUAUUUUUCUAAUUCACCAACAACGAGUAACUUAAGCCGCAAUUCGUCGUAGAUAACGGUAAAUUAACACGCGUUUCAACUACAAUAAAGUAGGGGUCUACGAUAUCAUUCACAUUUUUCACUCACGGUCAGAUCGCGUUUGUGCCUGAAACGGUUAAAAAUCAAGCAAAAUGUUAUCGGCUACAAGAAAAUCUGUAAUUUUAUCAUCGUUACUAAGAAAUUACUCAAACGUAGCCCCAACGACUAAACUGUUCAUCGAUGGAGGAUUUCGCGAUUCAAAAGCCACCAAUUGGAUUGACCUUUAUGACCCAGCCACAAACAAUUUGGUCACGAAAGUACCUCAAUCGACUCAAGCUGAAAUGGAAGAAGCCGUUGAAUCUUCAAAAAAAGCUUAUCACUCGUGGAGACAAACUUCCGUUUUAACUCGCCAACAAUUAAUGUUAAAAUUACAAGCUGUUAUUAGAAGGGAUUUGAAAAAAAUUGCGGCUAAUGUAACUUUAGAGCAAGGAAAAACUUUGGUUGAUGCCGAAGGCGAUGUUAUGAGAGGAUUACAGGUUGUUGAGCACGCUUGUUCAGCGGGAACCCUCCUCCAAGGAGAAUCACUUCAAAACAUCGCAAAAGACAUGGAUGUCGUUUCUUAUAAGCUCCCGUUAGGUGUAACAGCUGGAAUUUGCCCAUUCAACUUCCCCGCUAUGAUUCCAUUAUGGAUGUUCCCCAUGGCCUUAAUCGCCGGAAACACAAUGGUGAUUAAACCAUCAGAAAAAGAUCCAGGCGCAACAAUGAUGCUUAUGGAACUCCUAAACGAAGUCGGUUGCCCACCAGGAGUUGUUAACGUAAUUCACGGCUCGCAUGAUGCCGUCAAUUUUAUUUGCGAUAACAAAGAUAUCAAAGCAAUAAGUUUCGUUGGGUCCGAUAAAGCUGGAAAAUACAUUUACGCAAGAGGAGCCGCGAAUGGAAAAAGAGUACAAUCUAAUUUAGGCGCGAAAAACCACGCGAUUAUAUUACCAGACGCUAAUAAAGAAGAAACAAUCAAUCAAUUAGCCGGUGCUUCUUUUGGAGCCGCCGGUCAACGCUGCAUGGCUUUGAGUGUAGCCAUAAUGGUCGGAGAAGCACAAAAAUGGAUCCCGGAUUUAGUUGAAAAAGCUAAACAAUUAAAAGUUAGCGCUGGACACGAACCAGGAACCGACGUUGGGCCGGUUAUUUCAAGAGAAUCCAAAAAACGAAUCGAAUAUUUAAUCGAAUCUGGAAUUAAGCAAGGUGCUCAAUGUCCAUUAGAUGGCAGAAACGUUAAAGUACCCGGUUAUCCAAACGGCAAUUUUGUUGGCCCAACCCUAUUAACAAACGUUCUCCCAACCCAAGAAUGUUAUAAAGAAGAAAUUUUCGGCCCAGUUCUUUGCGUGAUGAACGCAAGCACCAUGGAAGAAGCAAUCGAAAUCAUUAAUAAAAACCCUUACGGUAACGGAACCGCUAUUUUUACCACCAACGGAAACUACGCAAGACAAUUCGUUAACGAAAUCGAUGUGGGCCAAGUUGGAGUGAACGUUCCAAUUCCCGUUCCUUUGCCGAUGUUUAGUUUCACCGGAUCGCGGGGAAGUUUCGUCGGGGAUCUUCAUUUCUAUGGAAAACAAGGGCUUAAUUUCUAUACGCAAACGAAAACGAUUACUUCGUUAUGGAGAAAAGGAAAAGCGGUUACGAAACAAUCUGUUGCAAUGCCUGUACAAAAUUAAAAAAUAAUAAUUAAAAAUGUUAAAUAAAAAUUAUAAAUAAAAUAUAAUUGAUGAUGAAAUCCUUUGGAACUCAUGUGAUAAUGACGCGAUUUAUUUUUGUAUAAGUUACAAAAAAAAUGUAUUUGUGUAAAAGAUGUCUCGAUGAUGUACCUUGAAGUAAAAUAAAUUUUUAAGUAAGAAGAAAGAAAA